AUGAUCAAUCCCACUGAACAUGAGAGCCUGUCUAAUUGCAAUAGCGGUGAGGCUUUCGAGGACGACAACAAUCCAUUCGCCCCCUCAGCGGUCAAUAAUACACACAAUUCAUUAUCAUCCAUUGAUACAGAGCCCAGUAGUGACCCAGAGAACUUAAAUAUACGCCCUGUCCAGCUACAAUACACAUCUCAACUCAAGACACAACUAUAG